AUGCAUGAGAAGAUCCGCAACUUAUUACCAGAUGUUGGGCAGGCAGAGUGGUCUUCGAAGUUUAAAAUGAUAUCUCCUGAAGAUGCGUAUACACGUUAUGACAGCAGUGGAUGUCCAGACUCCAGACAUGCAUUGUUGGUUCAACGAGGAGAGGACUAA